AUAAGGUUUACAAUUUUAAAAAAAAGGCAAAUAAAAAAUUCCGAUCCACUUAUAAAAAGAAACUAAGCUUCUUCAAUAAAGUGUUCAUAAUCAAAUAUUAAGUCUUGCUUCCUCCCAACUCUACACAACAUCUAUUCAUAUUUUUUAGCUUCCGCAGCUUGCAGAAAAGAGAAAGUGUGAAGACUAGUUAAAUAUUUACCUAAAGAUUUAUAAUGGAAGCAUGCCGAUUUGUGAUACGUAGUAAAGAACAAAAUGAUGAAGAUGACACAGCCACCAGCGGCGAUGUUAGCAAUACUGCCAAUCUUGAUAUUAUACUUCCAGAAAUCUUGUUAAAGGUAUUCGACGAGAAGAUCCUCUUGAACGUCUUUUGUGAGAAAAGGAAAGGGAUUUUGACGACAAUACUUAAAGAGGUAGAGAAGUACGAUUUGAGGGUUGUUAAUUGUAGCACUAUUCCCUUUGACAAUAAGGCCAUGGACAUUACAAUCGUUGCACAGAUGGAAAGGGGGUUCAACCACAAGAUGAAAGAUCUUAUUAAAACUCUUCGCUCGGCUCUCCUCGUCGCUAGCCCCUAAACUCUAAGGACCAAAUAAAGGUUGACGCAUCAUUGUAGCUUUGUAAAAGUGUGGCUAUUUCAUUGUCAACAAAUAUACUACGUAGUAUAUAAUUUCGUAUGCAAUGGUUAUGUUUAACAUCCAACCAAUGUAACAUAAUGGUUGAGACUUAAAAGUGUUACUACAAAAAAUAAGCAACACUUUGAAAGUUUAGAAUUGAAACCAAUUUGUGCGUGCUACAUAUAUACUAUGUAUGUCCUUGUGUAAUACUUCUGAAAGUCAAUGAUAAAAUUUUACACAUGUUACUUUUUA